GGGCCGCAGUAGGCGUGGCAGGCUGUGUCCCGAGUUCAAAGCACAGCAACAGCACUACUGUGACUUUACUGUCUACGUCUGGGAGAGUUGAGUCAACGGAAUCGCAGUCAACUGCAGGCGCAACAUGCUGAGCGAUAUGGAGAGCGGGAAGAAGGUCCUGCUGGCGGAGGGAGCGGCCACGGGAGGAUGGAAGACGGACGAGGUGGCCUCCAUGGACUCCAUGGACGCGGCCCAGGUGAAGCGCAGGGGGAAGGGCAGGCUGUGCAUGAUCUUCCGGCUGGGGAAGCACCCGCGAUGCGAGUUCACCAACGGCUUUCCCCCGGAGGGCUACCCCGCCACCCUGUUUGGCGGCAAGAGCAAACGGAGCGGUCCGGACUGACCCAAGUCUCUGGAAAGGAAGAGGAGAUAGCAGUGGGACAGGACGGACCCUCGGAGCGAAACAGAACCUGUUUCCUUAAAUGAAUACAUUAAACGUAAGCAGAUGAACC